UGGCCAGCUCUGCCUGGGGAGGGCCAGGGAGCCCCAGAGCUCUGGAGCCAGAUGCUCUGGAAAGCCUAGUCUAAUCCAUGGGAGAUGUGUACAGGGGUCCGCAGGAGGACUAGGGGUGGACAAGGACCAGAGUCCAGGACUGGAGGAGGAUUAAAGCUCCCAGCUGGGAGUGCGAUGGGAGUGGAGAUUUUGCCCAAGUCUAGCCACCUUGAGAACCUUGAGGUCCCUGGAAGGUGGCGUCAGCAUCUGCAGCCGCGUCGACGUUGGCGGAGCCUCCGCGGAGGACCCAGGACAGCCGGACCAGGACCAGGGCCCUGGGCCUCCCCAUGGAGCAGUCAGCUGCCUCCCCAGAGCCCCCGGGGCCUCGGCCAGUCCUGGGCCGCGACAGCGUCCAGGUGCCCGACGACCAGGACUUCCGCAGCUUCCGGUCAGAGUGUGAGGCCGAGGCGGGCUGGAACCUGACCUACAGCAAAGCUGGUGUGUCUGUGUGGGUGCAGGCUGUGGAGAUGGAUCGUACCCUGCACAAGAUCAAGUGUCGGAUGGAGUGCCGCGAUGUGCCAGCAGAGACACUCUACGAUGUCCUACAUGACAUUGAAUACCGAAAAAAGUGGGACAGCAACGUCAUUGAAACUUUCGACAUUGCUCGCUUGACAGUCAACGCUGAUGUGGGCUAUUAUUCUUGGAGGUGUCCAAAGCCCCUGAAGAAUCGUGAUGUCAUCACCCUCCGUUCCUGGCUGCCCAUGGGCACUGAUUACAUCAUUAUGAACUACUCAGUCAAACAUCCUAAAUACCCGCCUCGGAAAGACUUGGUCCGAGCUGUGUCCAUCCAGACGGGCUACCUCAUCCAGAGCACGGGGCCCAAGAGCUGCGUCAUCACCUACCUGGCCCAGGUGGACCCCAAAGGCUCCUUACCCAAAUGGGUGGUGAAUAAAUCUUCUCAGUUCCUGGCUCCCAAGGCCAUGAAGAAGAUGUACAAGGCGUGCGUCAAAUACCCUGAGUGGAAGCAGAAGCAUCAACCACACUUCAAACCGUGGCUACACCCGGAGCAGAGCUCGUUGCCCAGCCUGGCGCUGUCGGAGCUGUCGGUGCAACAUGCGGACUCGCUGGAGAACAUCGACGAGAGCGCGGUGGCAGAGAGCCGGGAGGAUCGCACAGGCAGCGCGGGCGGCGAGGGCAGCGAUGACGACACUUCGCUCACCUGAGCGCUGCACCAUGGCAGGGACGGCGAUACGACGGGGUGGAGCCCAGAGGCGGUGGAUCCUCCCCCCGCUUUCUCCCCUCCCCCACCUCCUGCGUCUCCUGGGGACGCUGGGCUCGGGCCCAGGCUGGCGCUGCGGCCUGGCUGGACACAGCCCCAAUAAAUGAUCCCACAGCCUCA